GCUUCUCUUUCAUCGCCGUCAACUUCUCGCUUCGUGGUGUCGACGCUAACAUAUCGCGGCCCCGCCUCGGGCUGAAGAACAAGACUUCGAGAACAGAGUUGCUGCGCAUCUGUCUAUCUGUCUACCCGCCUCAGAUUCGAUCCGCGCGUUUCUUCUCUUGUUCUCAGUCUUGCGCUUCUCUACGCUUCUCUCUCGCCAGCCAUCGUCGUCAUGUCUCUCAAAGACAGAAUCUCCUCGCCCCUCGAGGCUGGCAUCUCCAUCCUCGACGCCCACAAUCUCCCUCCGCAUAUCAUGCCCGCUCUCGAGUGGGCUUCGUCCCGCCUCGCCCGCAAGUCUCUUCACGUCACCGUCGUCGUCGCCCGCCGCGAUUAUCAGUUGCCCUCGGUCGUGCCUCCGCUAGGCUCCCCCGGCCUGCCGACACCUACGACGCCGAUGUCUCCUGGCCUGCGAUUCCACUUCUCUUCGGGUCCUGUCUCAGCGCUGAAGCAGUUGGUCCGGUCUGGAUCCUACAACGGGCCUACGCCGAUGCGGUCGACAGAGUUCUCACGAAACGGGAUGGCCUCGCCUAAGCAGACCACAGCCAACUCGGACAUGUCAAAUCCCAGGAUGAGGUGGCCGAUGUCUCCCGCCACGCCGCUCUCACCCCCGCCCAUGACUCCGUGUACUGCCUCAACCACGACGACAGACACCAUGAGCUCCAUGAUGUCGUCGGCUGCCUUUGGCAUGCGCUUGGUCCAUGCCGGAGGAUUGCCCCCCAAGACUGAACGAGCUCUGCGAUCCGUCAUCGAGAAGGCCGAGAAGAAGUUCCGCGUUGGACCUGAGUGGCUCUCACCAUCAGCCAGCCCCCCCGCGUGCGGCCUCACGAACCAGCUCGUCCACCGCUCCAUCAUCCAAAAUGAGGUCCUAUUCUCCUCAGAGGGCCUGACACUAUUGUCUCUAGACCGCCUCUACAGCCUCAAGAGCGCUCUCUCCAGCUACUCCAAAACCAAGUCCCCUCUGCGCCUCGAAGAUGCCGUCGAUGAGCUCCGUCGAAUUAUCCUGGCUAACAACGGCGCCAAGGUCACCCGGUCUGAUAUCCUUCGGUCCUACGACUGGCUCAGCGUGUCCCAUUCUGCCAUUGCGGCCCUGGACCGCAUGUAUCGACGCGCCUAUGGCGGGCCUGAGCAGCUUGGUGGCAUCUCCGGGAUGACGAACUUCUUCGACCCCGUUGUCAAGUCUGGUAGCUUCUUCGAUCUGGAUGACAGCGACGAUAGCGACGACAGUGACGACGAAGUCGAGACGGAGAUGGUUCGGACUUCUCCACCUAUACCAGAGAUGACCCAGAUCCCCAUGCCGGAGAUGAUUCAGAUAUAUCCACCCACACCAACAAAGAAGCUACCUGAUACCCCAUCGCCCAAACCUCCCUUGCUCAAACUCCAGACCAACUUCGAGCCAAAACUGAUAGGGCCAGAGCCCAAGGCUAUCCCCAAAAAGGAGGUGGAAGAGGACGGUGAUCGCACAGCACGCCCGACAGACCGGCUGCUCUUCACGAUGCACUCGUGGACCGGCAACGGCGGCACCAUCGACCAGGUCCUGAGCGGCCCCGUCUUGUUGAGUCCAAGCAUCAUGAGUCCCGAUCUCCUCAGUCCUGACCAGUCUGGUCUUGGACCCACGACACCAAACGGCUACGACGACAUCUCCCCCACAACUCGUGGGGAAUGGGGUUUCUUGAUGGUCGACGACGCGUUCCAGGGCGGUAGAACGGUGGCAGUAGAAACGUGCUAGGGCUGUUAGGGCUUUUGGGGCUGUUGGGGCUAUUAUAUACCUUUUAACAUUGUUAGGUUCGAUGGUUGGCAUUUUGUUUAUCAGAAAAUGGUCCCUGUAUGAUUAUGACUGACGCAAUCC